UCUCUUUUUCCAUUACUGUUAAUUUAUGUUUUUUUGGAAAAAAGUAUUUUUUUUUCUGGCAUGGUAGUGAAUCUGAGGUUGGUCUUAGAUAGAGGAUUUCUUGUUAUGUGUAAGGCAGAGACAGGCUUGUGUUUGCUGAUGGAUGAUAAGUUAUUGUUGUUUUUGGUAAUGACUUUGUUUCUUGUUUCUGUGAAUAUUCUGGGAAUUAACCAUUUAUGCAGAAGCUUUUCAAUUUUGGUAUGCUUUUUAUGCUGUUAAAAGUCUUCAAAAGAAACAGUUCCUUUUCUUCCCACUCCUCACUUUUCUUUUUUCUUUUCAUAUAUUCACAAAUUCAUUUAACCGUUCACAUGCAAUCUAUCUGUCUAUUUUGUUUGGUUGGAUUGCUUUGUAAAGAUUGUGAAAAUGUAGAAGAUUCCUAGACUCAUACUUUUUAAAGAAAUUUGUUAACUUUCUUAUUAUUGGUAUAUCUUUAUCAGUGGGUGAAACCCACAAAGGGAACUUCUUGCUUUCGAUGACGUACCAUACAUUGUUAAAUCUUUAGGAGUUUCUGCAUGGCAUUUCAUAUUGUCUAAUUACUUUGCUUCUAAGUCUGUUUACUGAAAGAUGAUGUCUUUCUCUUCCCUACAUCUUUUUUCCAGUAAACACUCUAAACAAGGCUCGAUCCAUUGAGGAAAACAAUGAAGAACUUAAAUGAAAAAGGCUCUGGUUCUACCCAUUUAACAGCUCCUUAUGCUCUUGGAUGCUCGUCAUGGGGGGCUUCCUCUGAAUCUGAUGUUCAACAAUCAUCCAUGUCCAGAGGUUUGACCUUGAAAAUGGGUGUUCUGCCGCAGCAAGGCCGUAAGACUAAGCCAUUGAAUUUUCAUUAUCAAGACCGAGAUUCUUCUUCAUCUCAAUCAACUGGUCAGUCUUAUCCGGAAGUUGGUUCAGCGCAAUCAGGUCAAUUUUCAGUUCAGUGUAGCAAUUCUUCUGCUUGUUCGACACUUAACACAGCUGGGAGAAAGAGUAUAGAAGGUGUAAUCAGGUCAUCUGUUCGUGGUCAGGAUUUUACCUUACCUCCUUCACAAAUGUGUCACAACCAGCCACUUGCUCAUACUGCAUUCCAUCUUGCUGAGCCAUGCUUUAGUGGCCUACUAGCUUCUCCAUAUGGCCCACAACCUAAUAUUCAUCCUGCUCAGCUGAUAGGAAUGCCUACUGCUAGAAUUCUUCUGCCACUUGAUCUUAGUGAGGAGCCUAUAUUUGUGAAUGCAAAGCAGUACCAUGCUAUUCUGAGGCGCAGACAAUACCGGGCAAAACUUGAAUCACAGAACAAGCUCAUCAAAGAACGGAAACCAUAUCUUCACGAGUCUCGCCAUCUACAUGCAUUGAAGAGAGCCAGAGGUUCUGGUGGUCGCUUCUUGAAUACAAAAAAGCAUGAAGAGUCUAAACCCACUUCACAAAACCAUGACAUAGAUGUUUCGAGGUGUACUCAUUUGAAUCUGAGGGGAAACAUGUCAGAAUCUAAGGCUCGUCAGUUGAACUACAGAGAUGGUGCUUCCACAGCCACCUGUUCAGAUAUUUCUAGUGCAUCUAAUAGUGGUGAUCUCUUCCAGCAACAUCAACCUGACAUUAGAUUAUGUGGUUACCCUUCUCAUAUAGGAAGGAACAUGCAGGGUUACUCUGCUGAUAUCAGUGGUGGUGGUGGUGGUGGUGGUGCAAACCAGCGUCGUCUAUCAGUCCUUAUGUGACACACCAGUAAGUUAUUUUCCAGCAUUCUGUUGGAGAAGACAAUUGCCUGUGUUCCAUAGGGAAGUCAUCCUUGGCUCAUAUAUUACUAUGUGUAUUGGUUGUCCUAGAACAUGGCUUUGAACCUUUGCUAGAUUUCAAUUAUCAUAUAUUGUUGCCCUGAAAAUGUUUGGGCAGAGAAGCACAUUUGAUGUUUCUUUGUGUUGAUGUCACAUUAGAAAAUUUCAUUUUGACUUGUGUUUUGAUUGUGGUACC